AACGGCCGAAAAAACGCAGGCUUCGCGCUCCAGAUACGUGGAAGUACUUUCGCCUGCCUCGAGGAGACGAAGAUACACAUCAGAAUAGCCAGAGGUUGUGGUAUUGCGAUCGAUGUCAAACUCCGCCGUGGCGUACAGUAUCAACUACUAGUGCCAAAAGGCAUAUGCGGAACUGCCACGGCGUUUAUAUUGACGAUGAAGACCGACCUUCCAAGAGGGCUCUCCAGCAGUCUCUUGAGGUGGCAUUCUCACGGGCGAAAGACCAGAAGCAGGCCGCAGUCUCGCAGGACGAACAGGCAGUCCUACGGAACACAAUCGAGCUCGAUGCAUUCUUCGAAGCACAAAUUCAGUUGAUCACACGCCGCCGUCUACCUCUGAACUGUGUGUCUUGGCCAGAGUACCAGGCCUUACUCUGUGCUGUCAACCCUAGGGCCGAUGAGAUCCUCAUCCAAUCGGGCAACACCGCGUUGGCCCAUAUUGAACGGUCAUAUAGGAUACAUCGCGAGAACAUCGGUAUGCAGCUGCGGUCGGCUAGAUCGCAAAUCCACUUUAGUAUUGAUCUUUGGUCAUCGCCUCAUCGUAAGGCCUUCUUGGGAAUCUGCGGUCAGUGGGUUGACGAGGAAUACCAGCUCCGGGAGGCCCUGCUGGGUCUGCCAAACGUGCAAGAGAACCAUUCAGGCGAGACGAUGGCGCGACAUCUGCUCGACACUAUCAGGCAUUUCGAUAUAGCUAGUAACGUUGGCUACUUCACUUCGGACAACGCUACAGCUAAUGAUGCUUGCAUGCGGGCACUAUCGCUGGGGUUGGCGAACGAGUUUAACGUAAGUAUAGACCCUAUCGAGCGUCGAAUCCGAUGUGGCGGCCAUAUUAUCAACCUCUGCCUUCAAGCGUUCCUCUUCGCCUCUAGCAAGGAAGCGCUAAAAGCGGCAAUCGAAGAGGCCGAUGUGAACGCCGAUAUUACGGUUAUCGAGGCCUUACAGGCGCAGCUCCGACGUAAAACAAAUACCAAGCAAGCGACUACGACAGGGGCACAAGCUGGGUGGCGAUCGAUGGGUCCCUUGGGCAAGCUACAUAACAUUGCGGUGUUCAUCCGCAGCUCGACAGUACGCAGCGAUGCAUGGCAUAUUUUGGCUGGAUGCACAUUUGGGAUUGAUAAUGCUACGAGAUGGAACUCAUGGUAUUCGCUUCUUCGAAUGGCGUUGGAGAAGAAGGAUAAGCUUAUGGUAUUUCAGCAAGAACAUCAUAAGGCCCUGGGCGGAGACAGCCUAACUCAGGACGACUGGGAUGUUCUCAAACUCACAGCAGAGUUCCUACAACCUUUCUGGCAAGCAACGCUAUCACAGCAGAAGAAAUGGUCAUCACUGGAUCAGCUCCUUUACCAGAUGGAUAUCUUACUGAAGCAUUUUGAAGAUGCCAAGGCCAGGUAUGGGGAUAACCCACGGCUUAUCCAUUCGAUUCACAUGGGCUGGUUCGUGCUCGAUAAGUAUUACUUCAAAACAGACGAUGUGCCAGUGUAUUCGGCCGCCCUACUUUUACACCCAUCGAAGCGGCUUAAAUACCUUCGCCAAAACUGGCAAAGAGAUUGGCAUAUUGGUGCAAUAGAAAAUGCCAAGCAUAUAUAGAGUAACUACAAAGAUCUGCAUAUUGCUGGUGCUCCAGACCAAGCAGUAGAUGUCCCGUUGACUGCUUACGAUAGGUUAGCGCAAUCAUUAGACGUGACAGAUACUCCUGACUAUGAUGAUGAGCUUGAGAAGUUCAUUAGCGGAGCACCCUGCAAGAUAGCGGUCAGCCCACUGGCAUGGUGGACCAGGGAGGAGCAACGGAUAGAGUAUCCUCGACUACAUAGAAUGGCAAUUGAUGUACUGUCGAUAGCGCCUAUGUCAGACAAGGCUGAGCGCGUCUUCUCGGGCGCUCGCCGAACUGUCUCAUACGAUCGUGCAUGGCUGGGGGCAGAUACGAUAGAGAUGACGGAGUGUCUUGGGAACUGGAACAAGAACGAUCUUGUAAGGAAGGUGCAUGUGCCACGGAAUGCAGUGUAUGAGGACCUCACGUCCUGAGGAUAGUGGUUCGCGAUCCGGUAGCGUAUGGUAGAAUAGCUACAUCACGUGAUGCCAGCUACUGACAAGCAAUCAAUCAGUAUCAGUCAUUAGAGCACCUAAGCAAUCAGUAUCAGUACGACCCUUAUCAAUCAGUACUGAUUGUUGAGAAGUCUG